AUCCGCCUCUGCUGCGCUCACCGCCGGCCUCAGCUUCGGGAUCACCUCGGCAGAAGACAUGGAGGAACAAUCCGACAUCACCAACGAACUUUUCGAGAGCAUGCGGGAGGCGGUGGGUCGGAGGGUGAAACUGACCCUGAGGCGCAAAGUCCAGCUGGAGGUCAAAGGUGACAAGGUGGAGCACAGAGUGCUGGCUUUGGCAUCACAUCGAGUCUAUCUGUUGACGGCUCGGGUCCCUUCUAAGGUUGAGCAGUCGUUCAGUUACUUGGAUAUCCAAGGAAUCAGCAGCAACAAGCCCACUCAACUGGUGUUGGAUCAUGAACGCGGUCCUUGGAGCCUCCGACUGAGCUCAGUGGAGGAGGUGGACGAGGUGAUCGCUCACAUCGGCAUCUGUCUCUACCGGAUUUGCCCCGCCGGGUCACCUGUGAAGAUGAUGAGGAAGUUGAAUCUGAAGCCUCCAGAGAGGUUGACGACCCUCCAGGCCGUCUGGAACGAGCAGAGCUCGGCAGACCUGGGCCCCUGCGGCGGCUUUUCUCAUCAGUACUGGUGUGUGUGCGACAGCCUGGGUGUGCCGUUCAGAGAGGAGGUCCAAUGGGACGUUGACACCAUCUACCUCACUCAGGACACCAAAGAACUCAACCUGCAGGACUUUGUUCACCUGGAGAACAGAGAUCUGGUGUCUAUUAUCACAGCUCUUGAAUACAACCAGUGGUUCACCAAACUCUUAUCCAAAGACUUCAGAAUGUCUACAGAUGUGUGCGACCAGAUUUUCAGGGUGGUGGCUCGGUCCAGUCGACUUGAAGAGCUGGUGCUGGACAAUGCUGGGCUCAAAAGUGACUUUGCUCAGAAACUGGCCGGCGCUCUGUCACAGAACCCCUCCUGCACACUUCAAACACUCGUCCUGAGCAACAACUCCCUGGAGGACAAAGGUGUCAUUGUUUUGAGUGCUCAGUUAGCCAAAUUACCCAUGGGCCUGAAGCACCUGAACCUCUCCAGAACCUCCUUGUCUCCUAAAGGUGUGAACAGCCUCUGUCAGGCGCUCUGUGCUAACCCUAUGGUUGCAACGACGCUCACACACCUUGACCUUUCUGGCAACUCGCUCCGAGGCGAUGACAUUCAGCAUCUGCACAGCUUCCUGAGUCAACCCAACCACCUGGAAGUUCUGGAUCUUUCCAACAGCGACUGUUCCCUGGAGCUGGUGUGUGCUUCUCUGUGCAAAGGAUCUUUAAAGCGUCUCUCUGUGCUCAACAUGUCAAAAACAGUUUUCUCUCACAGGAAGUGUAAAGAAAUCCCCGCGUCCUUUAAGGAGUUCUUCAGCUCUGCUCAGGCUCUGACGUCUGUCAGUCUGUCGGGAACCAGGCUGCCUCUGGAGGCUCUGAAGGCGUUACUGCUGGGCCUCGGCUGCAACCCAAACCUCAGCGACGUGUCUUUGGACCUCAGCUCCUGUGAGCUGCGUUCAGGAGGAUCCCAGAUCCUGGAGGGUUGCAUCGCUGAGAUCCCCAACAUUUCCAGUCUGGAUAUUUCCGACAACAGUUUGGAUGUGGAUCUGACUACUCUUCUUGUGUGGCUGGCCAAGAACCGCUCCAUCAGACACCUUUCAUUGGGCAAGAACUUUAACAACAUCAAAUCUAAAAACGUUGCUCAAGUCCUUGACAACCUGGUUCACAUGAUUCAAGAAGAGGACUCUCCGUUGACCUCGCUGUCCCUGGCGGACUCUAAGCUGAAGGGCGACCUCUCCAUCGUCCUCAACGCUCUUGGCAGCAACACCUCUCUGACCAAACUGGACAUCAGUGGAAACUCCAUGGGUGACAUGGGGGCCAAGAUGUUAGCCAAAGCCCUGCAGAUUAACACAAAGCUCAGAACAAUAGUGUGGGACAGAAACAACAUCAGCCCUCAGGGUUUACAGGAUGUAGCUGCUGCUUUAGAAAAGAACUACACCAUUCGCUUCAUGCCUGUUCCCAUCAUGGACGCUGCUCAGGCUCUGAAGGCAAACCCAGAGAAGACGGAGGACGCUUUACUAAAGAUGGAACAGUACCUGCUGAGGAACCACGAGACGCGCAGAUACCUGCAGGAGCAGGCGUACAGGCUGCAGCAGGGAAUCGUCACCACCACCACACAGCUGAUGAUGGACAGGAUGUGUGUCAAGGUGCAGGAUCAUUUGAACUCUCUGAGGUUCUCAGAAACCAUCUCCAUUCAGGAAGACGUGAAGGUGGCAGAGAAUCUCAUGAAGGAUGCUAAAAAUUCCAAAAUAUUGCUCCCCAACCUUUACCACCUAAAGAGUGGGGGCUCCAGUGGUGCAUGUGUUGGAGCCAUUCAAGAAAAAAUAAAGUCAAUGGCUUUAGAGGUGGCAAGAGUGAUGGACGAGCAACUGCAGACGAUGAUGGUGUCCAUGGUGGAUGCUGCUGAGGAACUGUGUCCUCACGUGAUGAAGAGGAGCAGCCUUCGCCAGGAGCUGCUGAAGACCGGUGCAGGGAAGAUGACGAUUCCCCCCAGCUUCGUAACCACCACGUUCAUGGAGCAGUCGGGGGUCGACAUCAUCAAUAAGAUCAGUGAAGUGAAGCUUAGCAUGGCGUCGUUUCUGUCCGAUCGCAUCGCGGAUGAGAUCCUGGAGUCUUUGUCAGCAUCACAAAAUAGUCUGGCAGAUCAUUUGAUCAGAAAAGAUCAACCUCUUCAUCAGGAUGCACAGAUCGAGACAGAAGUUCUGGAUGAGACAGUUCUACAGCCAGCGAACCAUGAUAAGGAUCAGAAACACAGUCGAGACCAGAAACACAUCCUGGAUGAUAUGGAGUCCUGCAUGAUGACUCCUAAAUCUAAGAGGAAAAGUAUCCUGGUCAGAAUGCUGCGACCCGUAUCGGUGGCAUUUGAGAUGGAGUUUGAUCUGGACAAAGCUCUGGAGGAGGUUCCAAUCCAUAUUGAGGACCCCCCUCUUCCCUCUCCGCCUCCUCCUUUACAGACACCGGACAGAAUGUCACACUAUGGAGAUCUGCCCCCUCCCUUGACCCCAGCAGAUGCAAAAUCCGUGUGUUUAGGCGAGCUGCCCUCUAUGGAGCACAAGACUCUGGAUCAUUGCACCAAGUUCCGUCCAAAACCAAAGAAGAGAACGAAACCCAGCAGAGCACCAAGGGAGGCCACUGGAGGCUCUGAGCAGAACGGCAUGAUGGGAACGCUGGAUGAGGGUUUAGACGACUUCUUCACCAAGAAAGUUAUUAAACUCAGUUUUAAACUUCCUUUGGUAAAAAGUUCAUCCAUCAACACUCCAGAUGCAACAGAUAAGAAACGGGAAUCCAGGAAGAGUGGCUUCUUUAACUACAUCAAAUCCCGGACGUCCCGCUCAGAGAAAAGCCACGGAGCUGCCUCCAUCACGCCACCUAAACUGUCCCUUAACACUGCAACACAUCCUUCUGUCACCAGCCCUGUCAUUGAGGAGACCACCCCAACAUCUCCUAACCCGCCAGUUAAAUCGCCUACCACUGUGGCAGAACCUCACCUGGAGCUCCACAGGGCACUGUCCUCGAACCACACAGAUCCUGAGAGGCAUGCACACCCAACUGUAGACAAACCUGCUGUGGAGGAGGAGGAGAAGAAUGGGAAACAUAAGGAGAAUAUGGAAAAGACUGAAAACACUGAGAAAAAGGAAAAUGUAGAGAAGAAGGAGAACCCUCACGUACACCGCCACAUUGGUGUUCCUGUAAUGGGAAAAGACCUGCUGGCUGAGAUGAAGGCCAGGCAAGAGAGGACAAGGCAAAUGACUGAGAAGAAGUCUGAUUCGACAUCAGGACCUGAUAAGGUGGACGCACACAAACCCAAGUCCGAAGUCCAUCCUGUUGUCCCACUGGACACCGAAGACUCCAAACCAGAACUUAUUCCCAGAUCCAAACCACUGAGCAUCAUCCCCAAACCAGCCCCGAAAGUCCCGCUGGUAUCUCGGACAUCUGGACCCUUCAGUCCAACAAGUCCCCGAUCAUGCAGCUUCUCUGUUCUUGAUGAUUCUGUAGAGACUCCAGCAGGGAUCCAGUCUCCCAAAGCGCCACUUCCUGCUCCCCGUCUGAAGAGGGCGUCAUCAGAGCAAGACAGAGGGAGCACAAGCAGCAGCUCUGCCGGACCUCUGUCUCCAAUCGACGUUGAGUUUCCAGCAGAUGGGGACGCCUUCGAGCAGCCCAUCUCGGGUACCGAGCCUGGCUCCGGCAGUCAGAAGUGGUCAUCUCUGAAGCGCUCGUCCUGUCCUCCGCUGGCCAGGGAGGACGACCGCGAGCGUGCCAAGUCCCUUCCAGCCUACGUGAGGUCUCCUUCUCAGACAGAGACUGAGCUCAGAACAGCUGAAGGAGAGAUUCCCCAUCUGACCUCUGACCUCAAGUCCAACAACAAAUCUGAGGACGAGUCCAGUGACGACACUCCUUCAGUGUGAUUCAUACCGUUUUUUAAAACCCUGUCCCUUCUACUCUUAUCAACAUUAAGAAGACGGGAUAAACGAUACCGGAUAAA